AUGCAAGACAUGCUCAAAACACUUGAUAGGUACCAGAAGUGCAACUAUGGAGCACCAGAGCCAAAUGUAUCCACUAGGGAGGCCCUGGGUAGUCUCACAAUAUGCAUCACCCCUGCAAUAAUUGGAGAUAGCAACGGAUUUAGGGUGAUGCAUAAAAUACAUGUCACCCUAAGGGGUAUGACCUGA